AUGUAUGAACAUCUAGUGCCCGUUCCCCGAGUAAACAUCGACAAUAUGGAAGAGCUCAAAGAUGGCAUAACCUUCGUCACAGCGUAUUUCGAUCUUGGCACAAUGAAAAAGGGAUUUCAAAAUAACAAUUAUCAAGGGUUUAACACAUAUAAAAAUUGGAUAAAUGCAUAUUCGCAAUUCAAUAAUUCAGUAAUUUUUUUCACGGAUUCUAUCGAGAUGGAGACGUUGUUUCGUGAUCUUAGAAAAAGAUUUCCACUUUAUAUGACACGCAUUAUAAAAAUAGAUAAAAACAAGCUAUGGUCAUUCAAAUUAGCCCCACAUAUCAAAAAAGUAUUUGCCGAACCAUGGUAUCCGAAAUUCCCUCCAAACACUAUCAAUGAAAAUUAUUCCUGUGCUAUGCAUGCCAAAUAUGAUCUGCUGGAAAUUGUGAUUAAUGAGAGGCAGUACAAAACCAAACAUUUAGCAUGGAUUGAUGCAGGAUAUUUUCGUGAUAAAGAGACAAAAGUAUUUUCAUUAGAAACGCCUCCAGAUCUCAAGAAAGACCACAUAGCCUUCAUGCAAAUCGACGAAUUUCAGGAAAGUUUAACACCUGAGGAUAUAAUACACACGAAUAUGGUGUGGAUAGCUGGAGGGAUGUUCCUAGGCCAGCCUGAUUAUCUGUUACCAUUUAUUUCCGACUACAAAUCUGCUGUUAACAGUCUAAUUACAAAGAGGCUGAUGGGUACGGACCAACAGGUCUUAUAUAUUAUGUACUCCAACUACAAAGAUAUACUUGUACGUGUACCUAUCCAAACGUACUACCACAAAUGUAAGUGUGAUUGGUUUUUUCUUGGUAAUCUCUGUCGCUUCAUAUGGGAAAGGAAACAAUGGCGUCGUCCAUCGUUAGCUUACUUUGACGCCAUGACUCUGUGA